CUUAGAACACCAAGAAUAGAUUUCCCCGACUGCCUUCCUUUCUGGCCCCUGCCUAUAACCCCUUUUGCUCACACACGAGGCUGUGGUUUAGUAUUCUAAUCCCCUGGACCCUACCACAAGGCCCAGCGAGCAAAGGUGGGGCCGGACCAGGUACAACUCAGCAGAAUACCCCAGCUGCUACCACAGGAAAAGGACCUGAGCAGAGCAUGAAGUGGAACUGGUUUCCUGCUGGCCUGGUCUUGACCAUCAUUCUCUUCCCGGGUAUCAUGGCCCAGGCAAAUCACGGACAAAAGCCAGUGCGCUUGGAUGACAAUCAACAAGAUGGGAGCGCACUACUGACCUGCAACUUGAAAGAUGAGAAAAGUGUCCAGUGGAUGAAGGGGGAAAAGAUCCUAACUGAAACUAAGAAAACGCUGAAUCUGGGAAGUAUCUUCAAGGACCCCCAAAAUGUGUAUUGGUGUAAUGGAUCCAAAGAGCACUCACUCCCACUUCAUGUGUAUUACAGAAUGUGCCAAAAUUGUAUUAAGCUGGAUGCAGCCACUCUAUCAGGCUUUUUCUUAGCUGAAAUCAUCACUGUUUUCUUCCUUGCUGUUGGUGUCUACUUCAUCGCAGGCCAGGAGGGAGGAUGGCAGUCAAGAGCUUCAGACAAACAGACUCUGCUGACUAACGACCAGCUUUACCAGCCGCUCAAAGAUCGAGAAGAUGACCAAUACAGCCAACUUCAAGGGAGUCAUCCCCGAAAGAAAUGAGUUCCCAGAUUCAACCCAAUGGUGUCCUAAAAGCUAGAACCCUUACCUUUGCAAUUCUGAUUGCUUCUAAAUAGGUUUUCACCUUUCUAGCAUGACCGUAGCUAUCCAUCCCUCCUGGUCUCCACUGAUGGGGCUCUACUUAGCCCCAGCACAAGCUGUGCAGUUGGACUGAUUGGGGCAGCCCCCUUUCACAAAGUGCCGGGGUCACUGUGGAUUUUCAUGGUGGUUUGCUGUUAAUGGCAUUUCAAAAAGACGUUCACUGUGUGCCUGCAAAUUCUUCUCCAGCUGUGCCUGGAGCAUUCUGGGCAUUGAAUAAAUAUGUAUUACUCAAUUGUUU